GCCAUGUCCGUGCAGGUGGCAGCGCCCGGAAGCGCAGGGCUGAGCCCGGAGCGCCUGAGCCCUGAGGAGCUGGUGCGGCAGACGCGGCAGGUGGUGCAGGGGCUGGAGGCCCUGCGGGCCGAGCACCGCGGCCUGGCCGGGCGCCUGGCCGAGGCCCUGGCGGGCCCGGGGCCCGUGGCCGGCUCGGAGCUGCUCGAAGAAAAGCAGCAGGUGGUGAACCACUCGCUGGAGGCCCUCGAGCUGGGGCUGGGCGAGGCGCAGAUGCUGCUGGCCCUGUCGGCACACGUGGGUGCGCUGGAGGCAGAGAGGCGGCGGCUGCGGGCGCAGGCCCGGCGCCUGGCCCAGGAGAACGCGUGGCUGCGGGAGGAGCUGGAGGAGACGCAGCGGCGGCUGCGGGCCAGCGAGGAGGCCGUGGCCCAGCUGGAGGAGGAGAAGGGCCACCUGGAGUUCCUGGGCCAGCUGCGGCAGUACGAGCCGCCCGCGGAGAGCCAGCGGCCAGAGUCCCCCCCUCGCCGAGACAGCCUGGCCUCCCUGUUCCCCAGUGAGGAGGAGGAGCGGAGAGGCUCCGAGGCUGUGGGCACGGCGGCAGCUCAGCAGGGCGGCUAUGAGAUCCCCGCACGGCUGCGGACCCUGCACAACUUGGUGAUCCAGUACGCUGGGCAGGGCCGCUACGAGGUGGCCGUGCCCCUGUGCCGCCAGGCCCUGGAGGACCUGGAGCGCAGCUCCGGGCACUGCCACCCCGACGUGGCCACCAUGCUCAACAUCCUGGCCCUGGUGUACAGGGACCAGAACAAGUACAAGGAGGCCACAGACCUCCUGCAGGACGCCCUGCAGAUCCGGGAGCAGACGCUGGGCCCAGAGCACCCCGCGGUGGCCGCCACUCUCAACAACCUGGCUGUUCUGUACGGGAAGCGGGGACGGUACCGGGAGGCAGAGCCCCUGUGCCAGCGCGCGCUGGAGAUCCGUGAGAAGGUCCUGGGCGCCGACCACCCGGAUGUGGCCAAGCAGCUCAACAACCUGGCCCUGCUCUGCCAGAACCAGGGCAAGUUUGAGGACGUGGAGCGCCACUACGCGCGCGCCCUCCACAUCUACGAGGCCCUGGGCGGCCCCCAGGACCCCAACGUGGCCAAGACCAAGAACAACCUGGCAUCGGCCUACCUGAAGCAGAACAAGUACGAGCAGGCAGAGGCGCUGUACAAGGAGAUCCUACACCGGGAGCAGCUGCCCGCCCCGCUCGGAGCCCCCAGCACAGGCACCGCUGGUGACCACGCGGAACAGCAGGCCCUGCGCAGGAGCAGCUCCUUCUCCAAGCUCCGCGAGUCCAUCCGGCGCGGGAGUGAGAAGCUGGUCUCGCGGCUGCGUGGCGAGGGCCCCGCAGGGACUGCUGGGAUGAAGAGAGCUGUGUCGCUCAACACACUGCCCACAGCCGGGCCCCGGGCCGCGGGCACUCAGCCGCAGGUCCACAGCUGGCGCCUGAGCGAGGCCCCGAGGACCCUCAGCACCAGCACCCAGGACCUGAGCCCCCGGUGA